AUGCGGUACGCCGUUCUCAUCACAGGCCCUGCUGGGGCCGGGAAAUCAACCUUUACACGCGCGUAUUUAAAUCAUCUGAGACUCCAGAAGCGGACGGCCCAUCUGGUAAACCUCGAUCCAGCUGCUUCACCGACAAGCUUCGAGGUCGAACCUGUAAUUGACAUCAAGGAUCUCGUCAGUCUCGAAGACGUCAUGACUGAGCUCGAGUAUGGUCCCAACGGUGGUCUGGUGUACUGCUUUGAGUAUUUAAUGCAAAACAUGGAUUGGCUAGAGGAAGAACUGGGCGGGUUCGAAGAUGAUUAUCUUGUCUUUGACUGUCCAGGCCAAAUUGAACUUUAUACGCAUCAUCCGUUCCUUCCAACCCUUGUGCAAAACCUGACUAGACUAGGCGUCCGAGUCUGUGCUACGUAUCUUAUAGAAUCACAAUUUAUGGAAGAUCGUUACAAAUUUUUCAGUGGUGUCCUGUCUGCUAUGUCUGCCAUGGUUAACCUAGAAAUACCGUGGAUCAACAUCAUGUCCAAGAUGGAUUUAGUAACGACAAAUCCAGACAACAAAUCGGCAGGCGCAAGGAACGGCCUUAGGCGACGAAAAGACAUUGCUCGUUACCUUGAUCCAGAUCCCCUGCUACUUGCUACCCGUCGGGGACAGGAAGGCAACACACCGAACCCUCGUUUCCAUGCCCUAAAUCAAGCCAUAGUUCAAUUGAUUGAAGACCACCCGCUAGUUUCUUUUCUGCCGCUGGAUCUAACCAACCCUGAUUCAUUGGAAACGGUGAUCAGCCACAUCGAUUUUACCAUGCAAUAUGGAGAGGACGAGGAACCCAAAGAGCCCCAUGACUUAGAUGAGGGAGAUUUCCAUGACAUGGAGUAG